AUGCAGGCUGCAGCUCGUCUGGCGAGGAUUCCUAGGUUGGCCAUCCAGAGGACCGCCGCCGUUCGUUGCAUGGCCACCGCCGCGUCCCAUGUAUCGGCCUCCGCGUCGCCGUCUUCCACCCCCAAGCAGUCCGUGAUUCCACUGGGCAACGUCGAGGCGCAAUGGGCAAACCUGAACCAGGACGACAAGUCUCUGGUCAUCGAGCAGCUCGAGGAACUGCAGAAGAAGGACUGGAAACAGUUGUCCAUUGACGAGAAAAAGGCUGCCUACUACGUUGCCUUUGGUCCUCACGGCCCUCGAACUCCUAUACAUCCCCCCGGUACGAUCCUAAAGAUUUUCCUUGGAACCAUGGGUCUAGUAGGCGCUGCCGGCGCCUUGUUCCUGGCACUCCGUCAAAUGGCUCCACCUCCACCAAAGACUUUGACGAAGGAGUGGGAGGAGGCUUCCAACGAGCGUGCUAUCGAACAGAAAAUGAACCCUAUUACAGGUAUCACAUCGGAGGGUUACAGCGGGAAGGGUUUCGUACAACACAAGUAG